AUCUGUUUUUUGAUUCUGAAAGUUUUCACCUUUUUGUUUAGCUACAUAAAAGGCAUGUACUCCUUUGGACUGAUGGAAACCAAUUUCUUUGAUCGUGCUGAGAAGCUUGCCUAUGAGGCUUUAGCUAUCAAUCAGAGAGAUGCAUGGUCUGUCCAUACCAUAGCUCACGUGAAUGAAAUGAAAGCUGAUCUGAAGAGUGGGUUGGCAUUUAUGAAGCAAACUGAAAACAAUUGGAAGGACAGUGACAUGCUUUCUUGUCAUAACUACUGGCACUGGGCUUUGUAUUUUAUUGAAAAGGGUGAUUAUGAGGCUGCAUUGACCAUUUAUGACACUCAGCACACAGAAAGAGAGAGCCAACUGUAUAUUGUUAAGGAGCAUUCAGAAUACAGAGAAAAAACCAGAAUACAAGGGAAAUUUUGCUGUUUUUACAUCUGGGCUCUUUUCCUCCAGGAGGAGGCCACAUUACAUCAAGAUGGCUCCCAAUAUCGGUCAAGUGGGGCCAUGCUCGAUAUUGUUGACAAUUGUUCCUUGCUGUACCGACUUCAGUUAGAAGGUGUAAAGGUAGGCGACAGGUGGAAAGGAGUAAACCAGCUGGCAAAGAAGCAUGCCAUCGACCACAUCCUGAUUUUCAAUGAUGUUCAUAUUCUGAUGUCAUCUUUAGGAGCCCAGGACCACAAGACUAUUCAUGAACUCUUAACAACCCUUCAGGAGCUGGCCCAGGCACCUGGUGAAGACCAUGAAUUAAACCUGAUUCCAAAGCUGGGUCUUCCUCUUCUGCAAGCAUUUGUGGAAUUUGAGAAUGGCAAUUAUGAUAAAACAGUGGAAUUGCUGUAUCCCAUUCGGUACAAAGUUGUUGAAAUAGGAGGGAGCAAUGCCCAAAGAGAUGUUUUUGCCCAGUUACUAAUUCAUGCUGCUUUGAACUGUAAAUCUAAAGCUAACCAAAAGCUUGCUAGGUGCCUCCUUCUUGAACGUGAUGAAUUGAGACCAAAUUCCCCACUAACUGAGCGACUGAUGCGGAAAACCACAGCGCUUCAUGCCCUGAGAUGAAAUGUGUAGCCUUAAUGAUCAGCAGAUUUCCAACCAGCAACUAUUAUGGCAAUAAGUGAUUCACACUGUGGAGACAAUUUUACAUAAACCCAAAACAGCCAACAUCUUCAGACUCCGCAGUUCCAAGAUGCAUCAUUGCUUCUGGCUUUGUGCGACAUAAAUUUUAUCCCACUUUGCUUUCAUGAAUGUCUGGGAAAGCAAGUGGGGUUGGAAAUGAGAAUCCUGCUUAGCUAAAAGAUAGGGCUCUUACAAAUCAUUUAUUAUUCCAAGAAUGGUAGUGAUUACUUGAUGAUAGGACAAAUAUAAUUAUGUAUGGAUAGAAUAUAUGGCCACAAUCCGUUUGGGAAACUAAAAUAUAGAUCCUGUUGCAAAACUGUAUGUUACAGUUCAUUUGGAUAGUUAGGAUUUGCUUUGCACCAAAUACUCAUCUAUUCCAGUAUAGUCUGCUGACCAACAGCAGUGGUUCUGCAGGUUUUCAGGCCAGAUUCUUAACUGGCCCUACCUGAAGAUAUUUCUUGGUGGUCUCCCAUCCCAAAGAGUAGCCUGAUUAACUUCUGAAAUCAAAUAAGAUUGGGUAUGGCGAGGGUGGUGCAAUGGGAUAUGGAUCUAGUUGAUUAUGACUGGUGUUUAGAAUAAA